UGCUAUAUCUUUGCCCGUGAAUGGCAAUUUCGGGUGACCGUAUUCUCCGUAGUGACUCGGCUGGUUUAUUUACAUUCAAUUUUUGUUUGGUUUUUGAACUUGAAAUUGAAAUAAUGCCGCACGGACACUCGCACGAUCACGGCGGCUGCAGCCAUGAGGCCUCGGACGUGGACCACGCCCUGGAAAUGGGCAUUGAGUACAGCCUGUACACGAAAAUCGAUCUGGACAACGUGGAGUGCCUGAACGAGGAGACGGAGGGCCAGGGCAAAAGUGUCUUCAAGCCCUACGAGAAGCGCCAGGAUCUCUCCAAGUACGUGGAGAGCGAUGGCGACGAGGAGCUCCUCUUCAACAUUCCCUUCACCGGCAACAUCAAGCUCAAGGGAAUCAUCAUAAGUGGGGCCAACGAUGACUCCCACCCAAACAUGGUCAAAAUCUUUAAGAACCGACCCAGGAUGACCUUCGACGAUGCCAAAGCCAAACCCGACCAGGAGUUCCACCUGACUCGCGAUGCCCGUGGAGAAAUCGAGUACUCGCCCAAAGUGGUCACCUUCUCCUCCGUGCACCAUCUCUCCCUGUACUUUCCCAGUAACUUUGGCGAAGACAGUACACGCAUUUACUAUAUAGGUCUUCGAGGAGAGUUCACGGAAGCUCAUUAUCAUGGCGUAACCAUAUGUAACUACGAAGCGCGUGCCAAUGCAGCGGAUCACAAGGAAAAGGCAUUCGAUGGAGUGGGCAGAGCCAUCCAGUAAGCCAGUAAGGAUAUAGAGAUAACAAGUGCGCAAUUUAAUUGAGUAUCUCUGUAAAGUAUAUUUUGUGAUCAUUUAAGGCAAGAAAUGUAUUUGUAUUAGCUUAA